AUGUUAAGAGACUUAAACCAACCACAAGGUGGUGAAGCAAAUGAAAUGUCAUAUGACGACAAGUAUAGACACUUCUCCAUGGCAAAGAUGAGACAAGUUUUAAAUAUUUACAAUAACCGUAAACAAAAAGGUUUGGGAAACCACUCCCCCGAAGAAAUGAAAAACAACCCUGACUUAGAGAAAGACUAUAUAUUUAAUAAUUUAGUCAAAAGAGACAAACAAGAAAGAAUGCCGGGCUUCAAACUUCAGAAAGGUGACAAAGUAAAAAUAGAAAUACCUAAACGCGACCCAUAUGAAAAUACUAUUGACUAUGACAACAAUGGGAACCCGACAGGUACUCACAUUCGUGUUCGUAAAAAUAGAAGAAAGUAUACAAGAGAAUAUUAUGAAGUUUUAGGCAAACAUGGCAAAAUGUACACACUGCAAGCAGAAGAUAAAACUACUAUUGUCAGACCUCGUUUCAAACUUGUCAAAGUUCAAGGUGGUAUACUUUUAAAGACAGUUCCUAACAAAUAUAAGACAACUCCUGACGAAUAUGCUAAAGAAGUUGAAAAUGACGACUAA